CGUACUCGUUUUCCACACCGUCUUCCCGUUUUUUCCAAUAACAAUGAUCCGACAAGCUCUAUACUUUUGAUGUUGGCUGCUAUUUCCUCUUAGGGCAGAUCAUCGCCCGUCUUGCACUCCUUCUCCGUCGUUCUCAACAACCGUCACUUUUCAUCUAAUUCCCUUCCCAAAACCUCAAAUUCAGUUUCCCCCAUGGGAUCUUGAGAGGUCCUCAUAUUUUUCAAACAAUGCAGCUAUGGAUGGCCUCGAGGAAACCUCUGUGCUUGAAUACGCACGAACACAUGGUAUCGCGAAAGACCAUCAACAGCUUGAUCCUAUGCAACUCUUUGACCAGGUUCGCGACUCUGAAUGUGCACAACGCAACCCUCCGAUGGGCUCGACAUCACAGUUUCUCGAUUUUGAGAAUCCGAAAUUCUCAAGUUACACAACAACUAUUGAGACGAGAAACGAGAAAAUGGUUCUUGACAAAGACGGAGCUAGAUUCUUAUCGUCCGUCUUACGAGAGGUAAUAUCACUACAGGCCACUCCUGAUCACAAUUUCGAAGAACCGAUCUCUUUCGAAUGCCCUAAAUAUCAGAAUCAAGACGAUCUGAAGAUAGACGGCCCACUGCUCUCCAUCGAAAAGGAAAGUAGGCUGCAUGCAUCAACCAAAAUGACCGACCCCGUCGAACUAUUGAACGAGAUAGUCCCAGACCUGGCGGAUCGAGAGAGAGCUAGUAUUGAUGAAGGACUUGAGUUUCCCGAGUACUUCUGGGAACUGCCGAGCAUGUUUGAUAGAGACCCAAGCACCGAAAAGCUUGACGCUUCCAAGGACACUGUGCGCGUUUUACAGGAUGUCAUGGGGUAUUUUGAUGAGGAGAAGCAUAGGAAGGGCGUAGAGGCGUUGAUUACCAGCACUAUCUUGGAAGUAGCCCCUAUUACCCAUACACCUACACCACUUUAUAUCGAAAGUGAAGAGCAGCAUGAGUGCAAUGAUAUAUCAGCACCCCGUCACAGUAGUGACAGUGACAGUGACACUUUUAGUGCCAACGAACUGGUGACUGAAGACGCUAUCACCAAUCAACAGACAACAUCUCUGCCGAUAGACGAAGCGACAGAGGACUCGGAGAGACACCUAGGAUCAAAAAGCAAACUUCCCUCUGUCGCCGAUUCCGUAACCUCAUUUUCCGGGUCUCUAGGUACACUAUCAGCAUUCAUGCAGACGAGAUGUCACAAAAAUAAACGUCGAAAGCUUGACAAUGAAAGUCGAUAUUUCAACAGCACAUCCAAGGAUAGGACAGAAACUAGCCCAGACAAACUUGACACUCUUGAAAAGCCUACCGAACAUACCAAAGUGCCAUCCUCGCCUGUUGCCUCGCAUGAAGUUCACGACCUCAACCUGUACCCAAAGAACUUGACGGAAAAAUGCAGUGUGCCGCUCACUCUGAUAAUGUCUACACGUUUACUGCGCUCUGACAGCACUCUUGUUCGGUCUCUGGAAGGCAUAUCGUCUUCCCAGUCUUUACGGCUUGUCUUCCGUGACUACAAAGAAGCACAGAGUAGUCAGUCGCAUGUCAUCAGUGAAGCGGAUUUAAUAGUCUCUCCUACUACUGGAAUCAUUCUUGCGAACUCCUAUGAAACAGCGCAGAAAUAUCUACCUGGGCAGGGACGUCCGGGUAUAGAAUCUCCGUUGAAAGCGAGGAUUAUUCAAACUGCUCCGCGGUAUGAAACACUCUAUGUGUUCGUUCGGUCCCCUAUUCGAAUGGACAUAAAGACUCUAGAAUCCAUAAGAGACUUGACGAGCUAUUGCGUCUCACUGAAUCAUGCGUGCAAUAUCAAGGUGCUGAUCAUUACCACAGACCAUGUGCUUCAGUGGAUAUUGGCAAUAGCAACGAAACAUACAACCGACAUGAUGCUGCUCACUUCUCCUUUGAAGGCGGCGACAGCUGUCGCGCAGCAGUUUCAUGAUGACCAGACACAGUGGGAGGCGUUCCUUCAAAAUGCAGGUUUCAACCCUUUCGCUGCUCAAAGCGUUCUCGCUUUACUCAGGACAAGCUCAACGGAUCCCAGAUACCCAGCCAAUUCCAACCAGGCGAGUGCCUUAUUUAGAUUUGUUAAGAUGCCCUGCCAAGCAAGGAGGGACAUGUUCCAGGAGAUUUUAGGGUACAGAGUACUCUCCAGAGUAGAAAAAGUGAUCGACAUGGACUGGCAAGUCGAUUGGGCUGCAGAUUUGGCGUGA